AUGCCCUCGAUAUCGAAUAGAUUAAGUGGCCUUGAAAAUUUGUAUGACUGUGUUGAUGAUUUGCUACUAUUACCGCAAACCCAACAAAGAUUAGCAAGAGAAUCGAAUGAGAAAUGGGUUGGAGAAGCCUUAGAUGGAUAUCUCAGGCUCUUGGAUGCUUGUGCAGCCACUAAAGACAUCUUCUCACAAACAAAGGAAGAUGUGAAAGAACAACUCUCAAUUCUACGAAGGAAAAGGGAUGCAAGUGACAUUGGUGGGUACUUAGCCUCUAGAAAGAAGGCGAAGAAGGUGAUCCAGAAGUUACUCAAGGAUUUGAAGAGAAUCGAAAACAAAGACACACUCAAUGUUCCGUCAUUGGACAAAGACCAUGAAUCUAUUGCCACUUUUAGGAUGCUGAACGAGGUUGAAGCUGUCACUGUUUCCGCACUGGAGUCCUUGUUGUGCCACACUUUGGGAAUGAAUGUGCAAUCAAGAAGUGGGUGGUCUUUGGUUUCCAAACUGAUCCACCACAAGAGAGCAACGUGUCAAGCGAAGGAGACAUUCAUCAGUGAGUUUGAGAAAUUAGAUGCUGCAGUGCACUCACCCAUCAGUAUUGCGACAGUGCAAAACCAACUAGGAGAGUUGGAGUUGAGCAUCCAAGUUGUGGAGGAAGUUCUAGAGCGCUUGCUUAGGCGUUUAAUUAGAACGAGGGUUUCCCUCCUCAACAUUCUCAACAACUAG